AUGUCAAUAAGGUUGUUGUAUUUCCCUAGAUUUUCUGCUUUCGGUUCAUCCAUUGUUCUACGAAAUGUUGGCACUAGACGUUAUAUUUCCACCACUUUGCCUAAACUAAAUGUUCAAGCGCAUGCUCCUCGUCCAAAAGAAAGUCGAUUGAAGAGUUUGGUAAGGGAAUAUGGAUAUAGUGGAAUUGGUGUUUAUCUUGGUAUUGGAUUCGUUGAUUUGUCACUAUGUUAUUUGUUAGUUCAUUCGGCGGGUGAAGAGAAGAUAAGAUCAUUACAGGACAGGUUUUUAAAUUUUAUUGGCUGGAACAAAGAUGACGCAAAUGAUCAACAUCCAACAGAAGAUAAGAAGAAAACCUCGACAAUCUGGACAGAAUUUGCAUUAGCCUACGCACUUCACAAAUCUUUGAUUGUGGUUCGUUUGCCCUUGACCGCGGCAAUUACACCAGCGAUCGUGAAAAAAUUACGUGGCAUGGGUUUCGAUGUCGGCAAUAUUGCAAGUGCUACAGCAAAAAAUGUUGGAGAACGGGGUCUCAAAGGUACCCUUACGAAGAGUGGCGUUAAGGGUAUAGCCAAAGAUUUAAAGUACGAUCCUACGGCUUCAGAUCCAAAGUUUGGAAAGCCACCUUCUAAAGGCCAAAGAUGGUUUUUCUAA